AGCCCUCCCUUCCCACGCCCCAGUGCGCUGCUGCGGGGAUAGUGGCUCUAUAAAGUAUAUCCUCCCUCGGAGAGAGAUAAGACGCCCGAGAACAGGAGGGGGAUGAAGAUGGCGGACGCCAAGCAGAAGAGGAACGAGCAAUUAAAGCGAUGGCUCGGCUCGGAGACGGACAUGGAGCCGCCUAUUCUGAAGAAGAAGAAGACGAAGGUGAAGUUCGAUGAUGGCGCAGUGUUUCUGGCCGCCUGUUCCAGCGGCGAUACUGAGGAGGUGCUCCGAAUGCUUGGCCGCGGCGCUGACAUCAACUACGCCAAUGUUGACGGUCUCACCGCCCUCCACCAGGCAUGCAUAGAUGAUAACGUAGACAUGGUAACUUUCCUUGUGGAGCAUGGAGCCGGCAUCAACCAGCCUGACAAUGAGGGCUGGAUACCCCUCCACGCCGCAGCCUCCUGUGGCUACCUGGACAUAGCUGAGUAUCUUAUAAGCCAGGGUGCAAAUGUUGGUGUGGUGAACAGUGAAGGUGAGACUCCUCUAGACAUUGCUGAGGAGGAGGCUAUGGAAGAACUCCUACAGAAUGAGAUCAACAGACAAGGAGUGGAUAUUGAGGCAGCUCGAAAAGAAGAAGAAAGGGUCAUGCUUCGGGAUGCCCGGCAAUGGGUCAACAGUGGCCAGAUUCAAGACACCCGGCAUGCGAAAUCUGGUGGGACCGCACUGCAUGUGGCAGCUGCUAAGGGAUACGUUGAGGUUUUAAAGCUUUUAAUCCAAGCAGGGUAUGAUGUAAAUAUUAAGGACUAUGAUGGCUGGACUCCUCUACAUGCAGCCUCACACUGGGGAAAAGAGGAGGCGUGUCGGAUAUUGGUGGAGAACUUUUGUGACAUGGACCUAAUUAAUAAAAUGGGCCAGACGGCUUUCGAUGUUGCGGAUGAAGACGUUCUGGGAUAUUUAGAAGAACUACAGAAGAAACAGAAUUUGCUACUGAGUGAGAAGAAAGAUGUCAAAAAAUCUCCAUUGAUAGAAACGACAACAACAGGAGACAACAACCAAUCACUAAAGCCCAUCAAGAGCAAGGAAACGCUACUGCUGGAACCUGAGAAGACUGCUCCACGCAUCGAGACCCUGGAACCAGAGAAGGUGGAUGAAGAAGAGGAGGGCAAGAAGGAUGAAUCAAGCUGCUCCAGUGAGGAAGAGGAGGAGGAAGACUCAGAGUCAGAGACUGAAACGGAUAAAAGCAAAUCUACAGCUGCAGUGAGCAACAGCACGACACCUGCUGCUAACACAAUCACGGUGUCAUCGCCAUCCAGCCCUACAAACCAGAUCACGACUCCCACUUCACCAUCUAAGAAGACUGUGCAGCCUACAACUAAGGUGUCGACUAAAGUGGAGGAUGAGAGGAAGGAUGAGUCUCCUUCGUCAUGGAGGCUGGGCUUAAGGAAAACCGGAAGCUAUGGUGCGCUCGCUGAGAUCACAGCUACCAAGGAAGCUCAGCGGGAAAAGGACACAGCGGGGGUGAUGCGCUCAGCGUCAAGCCCCAGACUCUCAUCCUCGCUGGACAACAAAGACAAAGAAAAGGAAAAGGACAAAGGAACACGGCUGGCUUACGUGGCUCCCACCAUACCCCGGAGACUGGCCAGCACAUCAGAUAUCGACGAGAAGGAAAACAGGGACUCUUCUGCUGCUCUGAUCCGAAGUGGCUCAUACACCCGGCGGCGCUGGGACGAUGACCUGAAGAACAGUGAAGGAAGCACCUCGACCAAUAGAACCUCUAGCUACCAGCGAAGCACGUCCCACACGCUAGCGCUAGGACGGAGUGGCAGCACGCGGGACGUGCCCGCCAAGUCUUCGUCCACCUCCAGCUUGGACCCUAAUACCUGUAAUACUAAACCCUGGCAGCCACCCACCUCCCACUACCAGUCUUACAGCAUUUACCGCAGCGGCUCCUUUGGAAGAAGACAUGAAGACUCAAGCUCCUCGACCACCUCCCCCUCUACAACAACCACUACCACCUCCUCAUCAGUUACCUCGCCCACUGGCCUCCGUGGCCUGGGCUCCUCCUCCACCCGCACUGGCUCCACCAGUCUCACCAGCAGGUACUGGUCAGAAGAGAGUGCAGAGAGGGAAAAGGAAAAAGAGAGGGAGUCUGCUGCAGUUAUACCCACAAUCAACACUGGCUCCACGACAACAACCACCACAUCUACCACUACUUCAACCGGCUUAUCGACUAUUACCGGCAGCGGCACUGGACCUGAAAGACGCAGAUCAUACUUGACCCCAGUCCGGGAUGAAGAAUCGGAGUCCCAGAGGAAAGCUCGAUCCAGACAGGCCCGGCAGUCCAGAAGGUCCACCCAGGGUGUCACACUGACUGACCUGCAAGAGGCUGAGAAGACCAUUGGAAGGAGUCGCACCCCAAAGACCCGUGAAGAGGAAAAGGAAGAAAAAGAAAAGCAGGACAAGGAGAAGCAGGAGGAGAAGAAGGAGACUGAAACCAAGGAAGACGAUUAUCGACCAAAGUACCGAAGCUUUGAAGAACGCUAUCGGACUUCGUCGUCCACGUCAGGCAUUUCCUCAGUCAGCACCACCACCCCAUCCUACUCCAGCGCCUCAUUGUCCUCCAGCUCCCUCAACAGACCCAACAGUCUGACGGGCAUCACCUCGUCCUACAGCCGAUCCUCCAGGGAUACAGAGAAAGAAACGGACAAAAAGGAGGAAGAGAAGGAAGGAGAUGACAAGUCCCAGCCCCGCUCCAUCCGGGAUCGCAGGCGGCCCCGCGAAAAGAGGCGCUCCACUGGGGUUUCAUUCUGGACUCAGGACGGUGAUGAGAAUGACCCAGAUCAACAGUCAGACUCAGAGGACGGGAGCACCAAAGGAGAGCCCCAGAGUGACAGAUUAUCAAGGAACGAGAGCAGCAUGUCAUCCUUAGAUCGCAAUGACUCUCUGUAUACCAGGAGUUACGGUGAGAGUCGGAGGCCUUACUCAAGCCGAUUGGAUCGAGAUGACACCACCGACUACAAGAAGCUCUAUGAGCAGAUCUUAGCGGAGAACGAGAAGUUGAAGGCUCAGUUACGUGACACGGACCUGGAGCUGGCCGACUUGAAGCUACAACUAGAAAAGGCAACCCAGAGGCAGGAACGCUAUGCAGACAGGUCGCAGCUUGAGAUGGAGAAAAGGGAAAGAAGGGCUCUAGAAAGGAAGAUUUCUGAAAUGGAGGAGGAACUCAAGAACCUCCCCCAGGUAAAGCAGGUUCAGGCCCUGCGGCAGGUGAAGGAGCGGCUGCAGGCUGAGAACCGGGCCCUGGCCCGAGUGGUGGCGAAGCUCUCGCAGUCCGCCUGCAGCCAGCUACCCACCGUUGAUCUCUGAUCCACGUCCGUCUGUCCGCCACCUUCACUUCCCCUCCCCCAAAUUCCAUUCUUCUCAUGCUCCAUUCGUGCUCUGACCCGCUCACGUAGACAGGCAGGUGUCCAGCCGACCAACCACCGCAGUCUUUCUAACCUCACCCGACUCCCCAGACCUUUUUUGGUUUUCAGAUUGGGGAGGGUGUCUUUUCUUUCUACGACAGGACACUUUCCUUUACCAGCCGUUUAAAAGACCCUCCCACGUCAAACCACAGCAGAUAAUUCAUCUGCUCCUCAAUGCGAUUCGGCUGUAAAAGAAAAGUGUCCCCAUUUUGGUGUUUCAGAUCUCAGUUUGGCUUGUCUUGGCUUCUGUGCAUGAAGUGGCUUUUUAUUUUUACCCCACAGUCGCUUUGUCGAACUCAGAGGCGCUGAAACUAAAAACUACAGUCAAAGAUGUUGACGCUAGCUACUAAAUCAGUGUUGUCAACAUUUACUCUCACAUGAGCUUCAGUUGUGGCAAUGCAUUAUGGGACUGAGAGGAUGAGCGCUUAUUACCCCCGGGCCAGAAUCAUGACGCGAGCCACAUCUAAAUCAAAGCGGGUCAUCUACACUCCAACAGGAAGAGACACUUGUGUCUGUCCAAACCUUUGAUGUCGUCUGGUCGUCUUUGAUUCCAACUGGCUGCAGACUAGGGCGUGUUCUUGCCUAUUUUUGUCACAUCAGCCUUCUUCUCAAGCCUGAAAUGCAGUGGCUGUCGGAGGCAUGAGUUGAUACUGGCUUCUUAAUGCUUUAUGAUACUCUUUUUUUUAUUUAUGUACUAGUGAGUUGAGCUGGCAGUUAAAGGCUUUAUAUCACCAUUCGUAUAUUCUCUUUCAGUCAUAAAUCAUUACUAUAAGACGAAAAACUGUUUCAUUGCGUUUACUUUCAGACGGAUGCUGACAUUUCUCUAAAGCUACAUGUUGCUCCUCAUUUAUUGUUUGUAUGUGACACAAUGACAACAUUUUUAUUUUCUGCCGAGAGAAAAAGUGAUAUCCACCACUGAUGACAUUUUGAUUUCACACAUGGCGAUAAGAUUAUAUUAGGCCUUCAUUAGUCAGAGUGGUGUGAGUGAGUGGUGUUAUAUGCCUCAGUCUUUGACUCAGAUAUUGCUCAUAUUUUUACAAAGAAGGCUUGGACUUUUUCAUUAUUCAAAUGUUGAGCUAGUUUCCUAAUUUAGUCAAACUGUAUGGCAUGAUGUGGUGUCAUAAUGGAGAGGUGGCCCUUGUCAGCAGGUUUGUCCAAACCUGCUGUUGACCUUGAGCCGUGCUGAAGGUUCUGCAUGGCUUUGUCGCGACUGGUCUGUGGUGUUCCCGCUUAUUUUUCCUCUCCAAUCUAAAAAGGAGGAGAAAAAUGGUGCAGUGUGAUUCGCCUCUCGCCAGUUAACCGACGCGGCCAGCCAGGUCCGGCGCACAGACCCGUCUAAGCUUCCGUCUCC